AUGACCAUAAUACCACGCAACCAACCACUCCUACUAACAAAUACGAUCAGAACGCGAACAGGAGAAUGCACAAACAGUAAAAGACUUUCCGAUGGUAUCUCACCAUCGGAUCCAGCGCGAUGGCCAAAGCGGAUGCAACUCCUGUAUUCAAAAAAAGUCAGCGAGGAACUGAGCAUCCUUAGAGAGAAGGAAAAGAAGAGAAGAGAACAAGAAUGGCCUCCUGAGCCUCCAAAGUGGCUCAAGUUCGUGGGAGGAAUUGGCUAUAUAUGUAUUGGAUUCAGGUUGAUUGGAUGGUUCCAGAAGGUAGAUUGGGAGAAGAAGAGCCGGGAAGAGGAAGAAGAAGAGGAAGAAGAAGACUAAGAAGAAGACGAAGAAGAAGACGAAGAUGAAGAUGAAGAAAACGAGGAAGAUGAUGAAGAAGAUUGAUAAAAAGCCGACUAUCUGAGACUAGCUUUUGAGAGGACAAACUGUCACAAACAAGAAAUAUAGUGUUGGUGGAAGAUAUCAUCCACUCAGGUAGACAGCCUCGACCUUCCGUAAAACACG